GACUCCGGAUGAGCUUCGCAAAACCUCCGGUCCAAUGAUUUCUCGACUUGUCUGGCCGUCUGGCCCGUCUCCCAACCAAAUCCGGGAGCGGUAGACAUGCGCCCGCCCUUCGCAUCACACAUGAAGCCGCGGGGUGCUCACUAACACCCACGACGUGUGUCUGUGUGAACUCCCGAACAUUCCGAACCCACACAACACAAUCAUCAGCUGAGCUCCCGCGCUGGCGGGCAGCGCGACUCGGUGUUUCGGACAUCAUUGUGUUCUUCCACUCCCCGAACUCUCGGACCUGCCAAAUUCUCGUUGCAUCGCCCCCCGCCUGAAACAUUCUUCCCGCCCCAGCAUCAUCCCAAGGGAACCAUCAUGAUCGGAAAGCUCAUAUCUCGACGGCAGACAAGCACGUCCGCCUCCUCAGACGGCCACCGCCGGCCCUCCUUCCCCACAUUCCUGCUCCCCUCGUUCCGCAUCCCCUUGCCCGGGUGGCGCGUGCCUGAGCCUCCCUCCUCCUCCUCACCACCACCAAGCGCCAGCGCCGUGCCCUCCCUCUCCAGCUCCCCCACCUCCCCGACCUCACCCCCCGCGGGACCACGGGAGGACCCGCUCGGCGGCGGUCACCGGCGCCGGCGCCGCCUCUCCAGCAUCCCCAGCGCCGCCGGCGGCGCCGCCUCCGCCACGCUCCGCUGCCGCGGCUGCUCCGCCGACCUCGCCUUCCUCGCGCAGAUCGUCUCCAAGGCCUUCACCGGCCGCCACGGCCCGGCCUACCUGGUCUCGCCGCCGCCGGCGCAGGCGACGCCGUCCUGCCCGCGCUGGCCGCGCAACAACAACACCACCAACCGCGCGACGACAGCGACAGCGCCAACAACGCCGGACCUAGUCAACGUGCGAGUCGGCCGCCCGGAGACCCGCCGGCUGACGACGGGCGAGCACGUGGUGGCGGACAUCCGGUGCGCCGGGUGCGGCGCGGCGGUCGGGUGGAAGUACCUGGCGGCGGCGGACGCGGCGCAGGAGUACAAGGUCGGCAAGUUCGUGCUCGAGGCGCGGCGGGUGGUCGGGUACCACCAGUGGGAGGACGUGCCGGUGCGCGAGCGCGAGCGCGUGCGCGUGCGCGGAGGGGGAGUGGAGGAUGGGGAUGGCGAGGCGGUUGUGCCGGGCGGAGUGGAGGAGGAGGAGGAGGAAGUGUACGGUAGUGAGCAGCUCUUCUUCGGUGGCGGGGCGGCUGGAGAUGAGCUGGACGGAGAGGAGGACGUGGUCGUCUUCGACUCGGAGGACGAGGAGGAGUGCGAGGACAUGUUUGCCGGGGUGUGGGAUGCCAAGGAGGUCGCGCGGCGGAGGCAGAGCAGGGUGUACAGCAUGAGCUUGGAACACGAGGAUUCUGCUUGAUGGCUUUUUUUCUUGGUUGGCUGGGGAACUCAUUUGCUGGUCGGUUUCGGAGGUUUUGUUUACGGCAAGUUGCCGCCGUCGCUUGGUGGCAAGGCUUCAGUUUUCCCUGUGCGAUGGCAGCGGGGAGCCGAGGUCGUCUGGUUAGGGGACAUUCGUGGGGACCGUGUCUUACGGCUCCGGGACGGCGUACUGAGAUAUGGAACAGGGCAUCAGACUGCACAGACAGCGCGGCAUAGGGAAUAUCGAUACCCCGGGGAUACGGGCAGGGGACCAUGGAAACAGGCAAUCAUGGCAGGCUAAUGCAUGGGAUUCGCACAUACUCCUUUCUUUCAACAACGGGCGGGAAUUUUAGUGACGAGCAAAUCUCGCCCAUGUUCCCUCUGGUUG